UCUCAAACUUUAGAGACCAAAAACAAUUAGCAAAUGGAGAUAUCAGUUGCAUCUUUGGCUCUAGUUGUUGUAUUGUGGUGGAUAUGGAGAAUUGUGGAGUGGGUUUGGCUUAAACCUAAGAAGCUUGAGAGUUUUCUGAGAAGACAAGGUCUUGUCGGAACUCGUUACACGCCUCUUGUCGGAGAUAUGAAAAGGAAUUUUAGCAUGUUAAUGGAAGCAAGAUCGAAACCGAUGAAACCAACAGAUGAUCUCAUUUCACUUGUCAUGCCUUAUUCCUUACUCAUGCUCAAUACUUACGGAAAGACUUUUUUCAGAUGGUUAGGACCCAUACCAUCCAUCACAAUAAUGGAUCCACAACUGAUCAAUGAAGUGUAUAACAAAGUUUAUGAGUUCCCCAAGACGCACACGUUUCCUUUGGUUGAAUUGAUAACUGAUGGACUCGCUAAUGCUGAUGGAGAUAAAUGGUCGAAACACCGGAAGAUCAUCAACCCGGCAUUCCAUUUUGAGAAGAUCAAGAAUAUGGUCCCUACGUUUCAUAAAUGUUGCAGCGAGGUUGUGUGCGAGUGGGAGAAGUUAGUUUCAGAUAAAGGGUCCUCCUGUGAGAUUGAUGUUUGGCCUUGGCUUGUAAAACUGAGCGGGGAUGUGAUCUCUCAUACCGCUUUUGGUAGCAGCUACAAAAAAGGACAGAGGAUAUUUGUGCUACAAGAGGAACAAGCAAAGCUCAUCAUACAAGCUAUUGGGAAGAACCACAUCCCUGGAUAUCGGUAUUUUCCAACAAAGAAUAAUAGAAGGAUAAAGACAAUAGAUAGAGAAAUCCAAGUUAUACUAGAAGGGGUCAUUAGCAAUAGAGAAAAGGCGAGAGACGUUGGUGAAGCACCAAGUGAUCACGAUUUGUUGGAUCUACUUCUUAAAUCAAAUUCAGGGCAAACUAAAGGAAAUGGUCUGACCACCAAAGAAAUUAUAGAAGAGUGCAAGUUGUUUUAUUUCGCGGGACAGGAGACCACUUCAGUACUUGUGACUUGGACAAUGGUUUUGUUAAGCCAACACCAAGACUGGCAAGCUCGCGCACGAGAAGAAGUGAUGCAAGUUUUUGGUGAUAAAGAUCCCGAUGCAGAAGGCAUUAACCACCUCAAAAUUAUGAAGAUGAUUAUUUAUGAGGUCCUUAGGCUAAAUCCUCCAGUCAUCCAGAUGAACCGAGCCAUCCACAAAGAGAUAAGACUAGGUCAUCUGACACUACCGGCUGGUGUUCAAGUCAAUGUGCCUACUCUGCUAAUCCAUCGGGACACUAAGCUUUGGGGGGACGAUGCAGCAGAGUUCAAGCCCGAGAGGUUCAAAGACGGGGUCUCAAAAGCAACAAAGAACCAGGCCUGUUUCUUGCCUUUUGGAUGGGGACCGAGGAUGUGCAUCGGUCAGAAAUUUUCUUUGUUAGAGGCAAAGAUGGCUCUGGCGUUGAUUCUAAGGAGAUUCUCAUUCGAGCUUUCUCCUUCUUAUGUCCAUGCGCCUUACCAAGUCAUCACCAUUCAUCCACAUUUUGGUGCUCCUCUUAUCCUCCACAAGCUAUAAACUUGUGAUUUUAUCCAAGAAUCUUGUUUGUUGUACCAUAAACCAUGUUUCUCUGAAUCGAGAUAACUACUCUAUCUUGGUCGUGUAGUACUUUUUGAUUAAGAGAUAGUGUACACUAAAUAAAUAUACACCAUUAACCAUGUAUUUCUUAUCUACCAAUCGUAC